UCCUAAACUGAGAUGGAGUCGUCAGAUGAUGAUACUCUAAGCGAACGCUCCUGCGUCAGCGAGCCGUCUUUUCGUAGUGAACGGUCUGGAGGGUCUCUGUCCCCGUGUCCAUCCAGUCAUGUGGGACCACCUGGAGACACGUUACCAUGGAACCUGUCCAAACACGAGAGGAGGAAGAGGAAGAGCCAGGACUCGGUGCUGGAUCCGGCGGAAAGGGCGGUGGUCCGGGUUGCAGAUGAGCGGGAUAGGGUGCAGAAGAAAACCUUCACAAAAUGGGUCAACAAGCAUCUCAUCAAGGUGAGAAAACACAUCACAGACCUGUACGAGGAUCUGAGGGAUGGACACAACUUGAUUUCCUUACUCGAAGUCCUCUCCGGAGUCACCCUGCAACAGAAGAGCGGCCCUCCAUUGAAAAGGGCAUACGCCUCGCGGGCCCCCCCUCUCAUCUUGCUCGGAGUUGAGGAUGAGGAGGAGGAAGGAGCUCAGGGACCCAGAGAAAAGGGGCGGAUGAGAUUUCAUCGACUACAGAAUGUCCAAAUAGCGCUGGACUUCCUCAAACAGAGACAGGUCAAACUUGUGAACAUUAGGAAUGAUGACAUCACUGACGGCAACCCCAAACUGACGUUAGGCCUCAUCUGGACCAUCAUCCUCCACUUCCAGAUUUCAGAGAUCUACGUAAGUGGUGAGUCCGGCGACCUCACAGCCAAAGAGAAGCUGUUAUUAUGGAGCCAGCAGGCGACAGAAGGCUACCCCGGCCUCCGCUGUGUCAACUUCACCUCGUCAUGGAGCGACGGACGCAUGUUCAACGCUCUGCUGCACAGAUACAGGCCAGACCUGAUCGACAUGGAGGUGGUGUCGCGGCAGAGUAACCGUGAAAACCUUGAGCAGGCCUUCGAGAUCGCUGAGUCGCUAGGGGUGACCAGACUGCUGGACGCCGAGGAUGUCGACGUUCCGUCUCCAGAUGAGAAGUCAGUCAUCACCUACGUCUCCUCCAUCUACGAUGCCUUUCCCAAGAUCCCUGAGGGAGGAGAAGGCAUCGCCGCACAUGAGGUGGACCAGCGCUGGUCAGAGUACCAGUCCAGGUUCUCCUCUCUGCUCCAGUGGAGCCGCCAGCAUACAGCCCUUAUGGCCAACAAAAACUUCCCACAAAACCCUGUGGAACUUAAGGCACUUUACAACGAGUACGUCCAUUUUAAAGAGACGGAAAUCCCCUCAAAGGAGAUCGAAAAAGGUCACAUCGAACAUCUCUACAAACUGCUGGAGGUGUGGAUAGAGUUCGGGCGUAUUAAGCUUCCUCAGGGCCUCCAUCCCAAUGACCUGGAGGAGGAGUGGGGCAAACUCAUCCUGGAGAUGCUGGAGAGAGAAAAGGCUCUAAGGCCGGCUGUCGAGAGACUCGAGCUGCUGCUUCAAAGAGCCAAUAAGAUCCAGAACAUGGCUCUGGACUGUGAGGAAAAACUGACGCUGGCUAAAAACACACUCCAGGCUGACAUGUCUCGCGUGGAAAGCGGCGAGGCGGUUCAGUGUGAGCGGGAACUGGCCUGUUACCUGCAGGACUGCGAGUCUCUGAUCAGACAACUCAACCAGGAACUGAAAGUCCUUCGAGAUGAGAAGUAUUACCAGGUGGAGCAGCUGGCGUUCAGAGUGUCCUGCCUUCAGGAGGAGCUGGUCUCCCUCAGGCUGCAGUGCUCCAGCGUCUACAGGAAAGGCCACUUCUCUCAAGCCCUCGGCAGCACGGGGGCAGAGUUCACCAGCCAGCGGCCCACCGACAGUGGCCUGUCACUGGGCCAGACUCUGCUGGGAGCUGUGGGUGCAGUGGGAGCAGUGGGAGCUGCACUCCUGCGCCGACCCAUGGCUCGCUCCCAGCUGGUGGCCAUGUCUUCAUCAGAGGACGAAGGAAGCCUCAGGUUCAUCUACGAGCUGCUGGGAUGGGUGGAGGAGACACAGGACAUGUUGGAGCGAGCCGAAUGGGGCGCAGACCUUCCGUCUGUAGAAAAAAACCUUCAAGAGCACAACUCCAUUCACACUGCAGUCGAGGAGCUAAUGAGCAGUCUGCAGGAGGCCCGCAGCUACGAGCCUAAAGUCUCUCCAAAUUUCAAGAGCAGUUAUUCUGAAACCCUGGCCAAGCUGGAGCAUCAAUACUGCAAACUACUGGAACAUUCGUCAUGGCGCCUGCGGAGCUUGGAGAGUCUGCACACGUUUGUGUCACACUGCACUGAGGAGCUGAUCUGGCUCAACGAGAGGGAGGAGGAGGAGAUCGCCUACGACUGGAGCGACAACAACUCCAACAUGAACGCCAAAAAAGAGUUGUACACUGAAAUGAGGUUAGAGCUGGACGAAAAACAAGAUGUGAUGCGAUCGCUCCAGGAAACGGCCAACCGUCUGUGUCAGGAUAACCAUCCAGCCAAACAGACUGUGGAGGCGUACAGUGCAGCCCUGCAGACCCAGUGGCAGUGGGUGAACCAGCUGUGUGUGUGUGUAGAGCAGCACCUUAAAGACAACACCACAUACUUCCAGUUUAUGAGCGACGCUCGGGACUGUGAGUCAUACCUUCGGCAGCUCCAGGAAACUAUCAAGAGACAAUAUACCUGCGAUAAAAACAGCAGACUGAGCAAACUGGAAGACCUGCUGCAGGACUCCAUGGAGGAGAAGGAACAGCUGAUCGAGUACCGGAGUACGGUGGCCAGCCUGGUGGGCCGGGCCAAGACGGUGGUGCAGCUCCGCCCCCGCAGCGCAGAGAGCACCCUGGGAGCCACCACGCCCAUCAAAGCCAUCUGCGACUACAGACAGAUAGAGACGAACGUCCAGAUCACGAUAAGCAGUGGAGAGGAGUGCGUUCUGGAGGACAACUCUCAGAGGACGAAGUGGAAGGUGAUUAGUCCGACAGGAAAUGAGGCCAUGGUCCCCUCGGUGUGUUUCACCAUCCCACCACCGAACCAGGAGGCCAUCGACACAGCCGGCAGGACAGAGCAGCUGUACCAGAAGGUCAUGGCUCUGUGGCAUCAGCUCCAUGUCAACAUGAAGAGUGUGGUGUCCUGGCAUUACCUGCUCAAAGACAUCCGGACCGUCUCUGGAUGGAGCCUGGACACGGUCCGUUGUCAGUCUCCGUCAGAGCGGCAGCAGGUCCUGGAUCACAUGGACUCCCAGUUGGCCGACUUCCUGUCCGACAGCAGAGAGAGCGCUCUGUUCACACCGGCUGAAAGGCGAGACCUGGAGAACGACGUCCAACAGGCCCAGCAACACUGCCAGGACCUGCUGCUCAACAUGGAGACCGUGGAGAAGGAUGAGUCUGUGUCGCGUUCAUACCUGUCGGAGCUUCAGAACAUCACACUGCGGCUAAACGACACCGAGCAGAGACUGAUGAGGGGAAUUCAGACUCCGCCCCCCAGUCGGCUGUCAGGUGACAGCUCUGACAACACAGUCCAGAUUACAGAGCAGGAGAAGCUGAAGUCAGAGCUGGAUGGCCUUCGUUCUAGUUUGGGUGACGUGUCUCGUCGUUGCGUUACCUUUUUCGAGGAGAAGCCGUCAUCGUCAAGUGUCCCCGUCCUCCGAUCAGAACUCAACCACGCUGUGGAGAAGAUAGACAAACUGCACAACCUGUCAUCUGUCUUCCUAGAAAAGUUAAAGACUGUAGAUGUCCUGAUUCGAAGCCUGGACGAAGCGGAGAGCCAGGUCAAGAAGUACGAGAGCAGACUAAGUGAAGAAGAUAUAGUGCCUCCUGAUACCACAUCCAUUCAAAACCUCAGAGAUCAGCUAGAGAGGUGGCAGGUCGAACUCGCUGAUCAAGAAGGCAUCUUCCAGUCUCUGCAGUCCGAAGUAAGUCGGGCCAAAGAGGCGGGAUCUCAGCUCAGCAGGCUCCACCCAGAUCGCAGUCCUGAGCUGGAACGCUACCAGGAGAGAGCCAAUCAGCUGGCAGAAAGGUGGAGCGGAAUUAAGAGACAGAUUGAGACAAGACGAACAGAUCUAGACGUCUUGGGCUCGUCCCUGCAGCAGUACAGAGACGGACACUCUGCUCUGAUCAAAUGGAUCGAAGAGACGACAGAAAGACAAGAAAACACACAACCAGGACAGAGCGACAGCAAAGCCCUGUCCGAACAACUGGCCCAGCAGACGGCAUUAGUAGCUGAGAUUGAACAGAACCAGACCAAACUGGACGAAUGCCAGACUCACUCCAAACAAUACUGCACUUCAGUUAAGGACUAUGAACUACAGCUGAUGACAUACAGAGCCUUCGUAGAGUCGACUCACAAGUCCACGGUCAAGAGGAGGAGGAUGCACUCUUCCUCUGACGCCAUUACUCAGGAGUUUAUGGACCUGCGCACACGCUAUACGGCCUUGGUCACCCUGACAACGCAGCAUGUGAAGUACAUCAGUGAUGCUCUGAGAAGACUAGAAGAAGAAGAGAAAGAGGUGGAGGAGGAGAAGCAGGCCAGAGUGGGCCAGGUUUCGGACCUGUUGGGAUGGGUCAAAGGCCUCCAGGGCCGAGCCGGCGGCCCCAGUGCCGAGUCUUCACUGGCAGCUCAGCAGGCUAUCAGCGAACAACUGGCAGCCAAGAAAGACGAGGUGGCUGAAGCUAUCAGGAGCACACAGGUGUUCCUGCUGUCAAAACAGGCUAACAAGUUGUCCCCAGAGGAGCGAGCCCAGGUGGAGGCCCAGCUGGAUGAACUGAAGGCCACCUACAACCAGCUGUGUGACAGCUCCACACAGCAGCUGCAGCAGCUGGAGCAGCAACUGGCCAAAGAGGAAGAAAGAAAGAGCCAGAUUGCCAUUGCGGGGGUAAUUGACCUGGGAACAGUGGAAACCUUCCCAGUGUUUCAAGCAGCUCAACAUGGUCUCAUUGACCAGGACACCUGCCAAAUCCUUCUGGAGGCCCAGCUCGUUAUGGGUGGGCUACUGCAGCCUGACUCCAGUCUCAGCCUUUCAUUGGAACAAGCUCAAACUGAGGGGCUUAUUAACAAACAUACCCAAGAGUCCCUUUCUGAGCUAGAGAGCGCCCUGCUGUUGGUGGGAAAUGCUAACUUUGCUGGUGAUCAACAACAAAAUGUGUUGCCAGUUGCUGAAGCCACAGAAUGUGGACUCAUCAGAGAGGAGGUGGGACUUCAUAUUUUACAACUCCAGAUGAGUUCUGGAGGGCUGAUUGACUCAUCAGGUAAAAGGAUGAGUUUAGAGCAGGCAGAGGACAAGAAACUCUUAACACCCAAAAUGUCUACCAAGCUUCACUCCCGGUCAAACAUCAGAGAGCUCAUUGAUCCAAACACUGCUGAAAAAUUAAACCUGCAUGAGCUACAGCAGCGCUGUGUUCUCGAUGAGGAUUCAGGUCUCCUUCUACUACCUGUCAAACAGCAGCCUGGAGGAACUGUGUGCCUCCGUUCUGGAAGAAAAGUUGGCAUCUUCCGUGCAGUACAGGAAGGGUUAAUUGAUCGAAAAGUUACUGUACGACUUCUUGAGGCCCAGGUCUUUGCGGGUGGUAUUGCUGACCCACGGUCUGGACACCGGCUAACAAUUAAUGAGGCAGUUCGUCAUGGACUAAUGGAUCAGGAUCUAGCUUGUGCCAUGUUAGCACGACAGCUGCAAAACGGGGGAAUUCUUGACCCUUUCAGGGAAGGAGAACGUCUAGGUUUGGAGGAGAGUAUUCAUAGGGAUCUCUUGUCUCCUCAUUUAGCAUUGUUGGUCCUGGAGUCCCUCUGGGCUUUCAUGGGAAUACUCUGGCCAGAAUCUGGAGAACUGCUGCCCAUUGCUGAGGCUCUUCAACAAGGAGUGAUCUCAGGAGAGCUAGCAAAGAAGAUCCUACGGCAACGGCAUGCCAUUGGGGCUCUGUACAACCCAGAAUCCCUGCAGGUGAUUCCCUUAAACCAGAGUGCUGAAGAGGCACUUGAGCCCAGUGUGGUUAGUUUUCUUAAAGACAUCCACAUCCCAGAUGUUCUCCCCAACAUGAAUCGGUUAGGUACACCUUCCCUGAAUCGCUUAAGCUGGGGUUCUUCCAGUUCCUCUCCACCUCCAUCUUCUCCAUUGUCUUCAUCAUCUCCUUCAGGCCUUGUCUGGGAUGCUACACCAAUAGACAGAAUAGAUCCUAAUGAGCAAGCAAAGCACAAGCUGCUCUUUCACCUCAUGACUCACAGCUACGUGGAUGCCCAUAGUGGGAAACGCCUAGUUCUGCUGGACCCUGAGCUGAUAGAGUUAGUCAGAGCUACUGCACAGGCUUGUGGAAGCACUGACUUUGGAAGUGAAGUUGAGGCAACAAGCGGUUUGGCCACAUGUGGCAAGAUGUUGGAUUUGGUAGAGGAAGUUAGCUUGACAGAUGAGGAAAAGGACAAAACAGCAAACAUUGAAGAACGUUCCAAAGAAAUCAUACAAAGCAAACAGUUUGAGAUAACUAGUACAGCAAUUCAGCAUGAAAGGUACAAUGGAGAAAACAAAUUACCAUCAGAAAUUGUAGAUCUUACUGAUAAAAACAUCCAGAAAGUACAUGAAAAAGUAAAGGAAGAAAAGAAGGACAUGUCAGUCCAAUUGGAGUUGAGCCCAGAUGAGGUGGCAAUAAAGGAUUCUGUAACCAGGGUGAAUGGUGGACAAGAAACUUCAGAUUUAUCAAAAUCAGCAGAUGCAAUCACAGUAUCCCUUGAACCAAAGGAAGGUAUUUUGACUCAGAGUUUACGUGAAGCAGAACCUACUCCUACUGAAAAUAUUAAACAAAGAGGGCCUUCAACAGAGACUGUCUCAAAGGAUGAGGUGGAUAUCCUAAAAUCAGCUGCAGCGAAUCAAGAGGAGGAUGAUGAGAUGUCGAGAUUAGUCGUAGAGCUCAAACAGGGAGGUCUGAGGACAGAAGAAGGGGACAGACUCCUUCCAGAUGAGGCAGUGGCCCAGGGUGUCCUCCCUGGACACACGGCAGUGAAAUUAAUGGCCCAAGCUGGUCUCUUUGGAGGGUUCAUUGAUGCAAGUAGCGGUGAGUCACUUAGCAUGGAGGAUGUGAUGAAGGAGGGAUUACUCGAUGAAGACCUGAUGUGGAGUGUCCUGAAGUCUGAUAAAACCCUGGCUGGGGUUGUGGAUGUGGAGAAAGGGCGGAUUUGUGGAGUGAUGGAGGCAGCUCAGGCAGGGCUGAUUGACCCUAACACCACCACUCAUCUUCUGGAAGCCCAGGUUGUAUCUGGGGGAAUCGUAGACCUACGCAGGGACAAGAAAGUCUCUGUCACUUUGGCAUCAAACCUGGGACUGAUUGAAGAGGAUCAGAGAGAAACACUGAUGGCACUUGAGAAGGCAUACAAAGGGAAAGACACAGAUUCAGCAACAUCUUUCACUAAAACCAGUUUGCAGUUACAGAUGGAGGGUGUUAUUGACCCAGAGUCGAAGUCUCCACUUCCGUUGGAUGUAGCAGUUCAGAAGGGGCUAAUUAACCCAGAAGAAGUUUAUCAAGUGUUAGCAAAACAGGUUGCUGAAGGAGGAAUUAUACAUCAUGCCUCAGGAAUGAGGCUUUCAGUUUGUGAUGCUGUAGAUAGAGGGCUGGUGGAUCGUUCCAUUGCUUCUGGUCUAGAGGAGCUAGAGUGGGUCUACAAGGGUAAAGUCAGCCCUUCAUCACAUCCAGAAGCUAUCCUCUUCCAGGCAUCAACAGGAGCUGUUUUAGACCCUGACUCUGGAUGUAAACUGACGUUGACUGAGGCUGUCUCUAAGGGUCUUCUGGAUGAGAACAUUGCCAGUGAGGUCAUGGCUUCUCCAGCUGUAACACAUGGGGUUCUGGACCCACAAACUGCUCACAUUGUGCCUUAUUCAGACCUUGUAAACCAGGGUAAGAUAGACAUUGAAACAGGAAAGAGGUUCUUGGAAGUUAAACCAUUCAGAGGAGUUCAGAACGAGGAAACAAGCGACAGCAUGACCCUUCCACAAGCAGUUGCUUCCAAGAAAGUUGACCCAGCUCCAGCUUUGAGGUUACUCCAAAGCCAAGCAGACACUGGAGGGAUCAUUGACAUCAACACUGGAGAGAGACUUACUUUACCUGUUGCCACUGAAAGAGGUUUUGUUGGAGAAGAUAUGGUAAAGAAAAUAGCCACCAACCAGUUAAUGAAAGGAGGCUUGGUUGAUCCUUCCACUGGACAACGAGUCUCUAGUCUCAGUGACGCCAUUGCAUCAGGACUGAUAUCCAGAAAAAUCGCUUCAGGAAUUGAGGUGGAAGUGCCUUCCUUGGAAGUAGAGUGUGAUGAGGAGAGCACUACUACUGUUGCCUCAUCAAAUGGUUCGUAUAGCCCAGCGGUCAUGCGGUCUAUGUCCAGCCCAGAUAGCCCAGCAAACUGGACCGAUGUAAGUAAUGAGAUUCCAUCAAAAUCUCCACUUUCAGUGAAAAGUUUGUUAGUCGCACAAGAUGUGGAGAACACAACAAUAUCAGACCAGUCACUGUCAGUGGAAGAACAGACUUUACCUGAACCAGACCAGUCUUUAGACCUCUUGUCUAAGUUUGCAACUAAUGUUGAGAAGAGAAUUCAGGAAGCUAUAGAAGAAAUAGUACCACAGAAAGACACUACUAGAUCAAAACAUCCUUCUGAACACAAGCCUGAAGAGAAACUCCUAACAGGUUCAAGUGAGACUGAUGGGAAAGAAAAUGAGUCUGUUUUUACAGAAGUUGUUGAAGAAUCUUGUCAACCAUCUGUCUUGGAUAUUGACAAAACUUCACAGGAAGAAGUGAGAAAGGGGACAGCUGUCUUGAAGUCAGAUAGAGAAUCUGUCGCUGUUGACAAAAAGGAGUGUAGGCUCAGUAAUGAAAGCAUGUCAGUGGUACAUCACCCUGCUGAGACUGAGCCUCAGACAGAUUCUACUGCAGCAGACAUUAUAGCCGUCAGAGGCAGCACUGCAGAAAUAUCAAAAAUAAGUGAAGACAAAUAUCCAAAGAAAACUGUGGUAUUAAACAAAAAUGAUGUUUUGACUGAUGAGGAAAAAGGAGAAGAGAAAGUGGAACCUGUAAAAACAGAAAGCUGGGCUCAUGUUGAUGUUGAAGCUUCAGACCAGACAGUGAGCUCUUUAUCCAAAGAUUCAGAGAGUAAAAGCAAGAAGAAGAAAAAGAAUAAAAAGAAGGGUAAAAGUAGAGAGACAGAGGGUGAAACACAGCUUCCAGAGAUUAAGGUUGAUCAAGGUGGUAUUGAAACUGAAGAGCAUACAGUGGCUUCUCACACAGUUACAGCUGAACUUCCAUCACCUCUAAACAAGAAAGCAGAGACCCAUGUUCAGGAAUCCUCUGGUGAACCUCCCAGUGGAGACAGAGAAAUGAAGACAGAGGAGGAAAUUAAAACAGAGGGUGCUUUUCUAACACCUGAAGAGUAUGCAGCUUCAAUCUCUCCAGCAGCCACAGAACAAAAUGUUGUGCCAGAGCAGGAUACAGUAAAGAGGAUGUUAUUGAAGGAUGAGGAAAAAGGUGAUAACAGAGAAGAGAAGAAACAGGAGAAGACAGAAAAGAUGGAAGAAAAGGUGUUAAAGGAUCAAACGGAACAUGCGGAAGUAAAGAAAAAGGAGGGAGAAUUACCUCCCAAAUCUGCUCUACCAGAUGAUGAGAAAGCAGCUUUGAUCCUGAAAGCCAAGGAGAGCAUUCUAAAGAAGGUUUUCGAGAAAGGAGUGAGUGACAAGCAGGCGGCCGAGGAGCUGCAGGCUCUACGCAAGGAGGUAGGGAAGAAAGAGAGUCAAAGCACGACGGUUAAAGAUGGAAAGGCACUAAGUCAACCAGAGGAGAGUUCUGGUGUCGAUGGUGAACCAAAAGAGAUGGAGGAAGAGAUGAGUGAAGAUGAGAAGAUUAAAAAAGAUGUCACUAUGGAAGGACUUUCUGCUGAAGAUGAUAUAGAGACUAAAACAAUGGAGGUUCCCACAAACGAGAAGGAAAAUAUCAGCAGUUUUGUAGCAGAAGACGUAAAGAAAGACCCUGAGAUGGCUCAAACAGAACAAGUCAAAGAAGUUCAACAAAGUAAGCGGGGUAAGAAAAAUAAGAAGUCAAAGAGUCAAAAAGUUACAGACAAAGCUGGUCUGAGUACGGAGAAAUUACCGACAGAUGAGAAACUGGAUCCUGAAGCCACAACAUCACAGUCUUUAAAGGCAAAACCAGGUUCAGAUAACUCAGCUUUAACAAGUAAACAGGUAGAGAAACUUAAGGACAAGGAAAACCAAACAGAGACUUCCAAUAGAAGCCAGUCAGAAGAACUCACUCCACACAUUGAGGAACAGAAACAUGUGGCAGGGAUCACAUCAGAGCAGUUACAUCAGUACAAAAAUAAUACAGAUUCUAUUGAGCCUCUUCCACAUAAACCAGACAUCAAACCCUCAGCUCAGUCUAUGGCUCCUGGCACAGAAAUGGACAAACCAACUGGCAAAGGUAAAAAGAAGAGAAAGCACAAAGCACAAGUUGAAAGUGUUCCUAAACCAAAACCUUCAGAGGACCAGCAGCAACAUGUGGAUUCUCCUGAGUCUUCGCUCUCAGGAGAUGCUUUAACCGAAUCUGAAUCGCCUGCAGUUUCUGAAUCAGCAGCUGAGAGUUUGGAAGAGGAAGAGGAUGAAGUGAGAGAGAAACAAAGGGCCAUCUCCACAACCAGAAAGUCAUCAUUAAUAAGGCAGGAAUGUUUGGAGCACGACCAGCAAAUCGUUGCCCUGGUGUCGAUGGUCCGACAUAUUGAGGUCCAGCUCAAACAGCAGCAGCAGCAGUCUGUCGGACGAAGCCUCAUAGCACUGGACGACAUCAUCAGACAGACAGAGAGUCUGGACCUUGAACUUCAUGAUUUGGAGCCUGAGAUUAACAAGGAACUGGAGGCUGUUGAGCGGCUGCUGAAGCCCCAGCCCAAAGAUGUUCCUCCUCAGCUCCUACUGGCUCUGGAAAAGGAUGGGCGGAGCCUGGGGCGGGGGUAUGAGGCCGCAAGAGCACUGUCUGAGGGGAUUCUGCAGAGUCUACGAGACCACAGAGACUCAAACCAGGAGGCUUUAACAGCUGAGCAGAAGUCACUGGGAGGACAAGUGGACAGUCUGCUGUCUUGGCUGAUGGAGACAGAGGGACAGAUGAAAGGAGGGAUGGAAACAAUGGAGAGUCAUGAACAGCUCACACAGCAGCUGAAACUAUGCAAGGAGCUCCAGGCCUCUCUAUCAGCUCGCUCCAAUGAGGUCAACAGCGUGGUCCUGGGCAUCCAGGUCUUGAUCUCUGACCGGGCCCAGGACUUGGCCCCGGAGCAGAGCAGGCAGCUGCUGGGGCAGCUCCAGCAGCUGCAGAGGGCUUUCCACCGAGCGUCCGGCCGAGCCCAGGCCUGGGCCGACGCUCUGUCUGCUCAGAAGGAGAGGGAGGAGGAGAGGCAGCGAAGGGAGAAAGUGAAGGAAGAGGAGAAGGACAGAGAGAGUGCAAGGGACAGAGAGGUUGUCCAGCAGCAAAAAACGGAAUGUUCUCAAAAACUAGAAGGCCUUACGAUGUGGUUGGCUGGAGCUGCGAGUUUAUUGGCCAGUCAGAAAAGUGGAGCAGAGUCUGGUGAUGUGGACGUCUUACAAGAGAAGCAGAAGAAACUAAAGGAAAUACAAAAGGACCUUCAGACAAAAGGCGAGGGAAUAGCUGAGGCCAUCCGGUCUGUGGAGGAUUUACUAGCAGAAAGAAGAGAAAGUCUGAGUCCUGAAGAGAGGGAAAACCUCCAGGGGACGCUGGCGAGAAUGAAGGAGCAGUACAACGCUCUGACGGAUUCAGCAAACACGUCACUGUCAGAGGUGGAUUCAGCCAUCAGCACCACCGUCCAGCAGAACACACAGAGGGCAAAGGCAGUUGAGGAGCUCCAGGAGACACGGGGUCAAAUCGAUUCUCUACUGACAGAGUUGUCCUAUCUCAACCAACCAGCGUUAAGAGCUGGAUCUGGAUCUAGAUCGGCUCCUGAUGUCACCGACUCACUGGUGUCACAGCCAGAGGGCGCUGUGAAGUCACAUACAGAGAUGCUUCAGGCGGAGCUCCAGCAGCUCCAGGCCCAACAGGCUCAGCUGCUGCAGGUCACUCAGUCCACUCGAUCCCUCCUGGACCAACCGGACUCCACAGUUCCUCCUGAGGAGAAGCAGCGUCUCCGAGCUGCCCUGGACCAGCUGCAGGCCCAGCACCAGGACAGACUGCAGAGCUGCCAGGACCGACUGAGGAAGUCUGAGGCAAUGAAGGAUGAGCUGACAAAGUUCCUCCAAGAGCACGGCAACCUGGGUUCAUGGUUAGAACAGAGUGAACAGGACCUGCGUUCUUUAGGAGAAGGAGAAACCGACGCUCAAGGACUGAAAGGCCGACUAGAGGAGCACAGAAAGCUCGCUGAAGACGUCAUAUGCCACAAGGCCGACCUGCGCUUUGUCUCCAUCUCCGGUCAGAAGGUUCUGGAUUCUGUUCAAGGAGCUCUGGAACAAGUUGGAGGUUCAGACCCGGCUCUGGACGGCACCAAACAGCUGGUGACCGACAAGCUCCACGACGCCAAUCACAGAUACACAGCACUGCAUACAAAGUCUACAGAACUUGGGGGCCGUUUGUCGGGCCUGUUGGAGCGGUACCAGCAGUAUCAGGAUGAAGUGGUCUCGCUCCACUCCUGGCUCAGCACUCAGGAACAAAACCAAAGCAUCACCAAGACCAGCGGGGAGACGGACCCUCAGAACCUGCAGAACACACUACGACAAGUACAGCUGCUGCAGGACGAGUUGGCAGAGCGAUCGGUGCAGCUCGAGAAGGUGAAGAGAGCAGGAAGAGAUCUGGUCAGCACCGAAGAAUCCCCCUCCCUGAAAGCUGUGGACAUCCUCUGUGCUGCAGACGGUUUGGAGAAAAGGUUCGGUUCCCUGUCGGCGUCGGUCUCGGAGCGGGCCGAGCAUCUCCAGACCGCCGUGGCCCAGUCCGUCAGCGUCCAGGAGGGUCUGAAGGGACUGCUGAGCUGGUUGGAUAAACUGGUUCUGAAUCCAGGACUAGUGGAGGCGACGGCACAGGCAGUACAAGACGCCCUGACCCAGAACCAGAAACUUCGUCAGGAGCUUCUGUCCAGGCAAGGCAGCGUGGAAGCCACACGGGACUCGGUGUCCAAACUCCUCCAGAGCUCGGACGCCUCCAUAGCUUCUGGCCUUCAGGGCUCACUAGACGAACUGACUCAGCGCUACGCCGCCGCUCAGGCCAGUCAGGCCGAGAGGGAGGCCGAGCUCAAAGGCCUGCUACCCAGAUUAGAGAACUACGAGCGGCUGGGGACUGACCUCCAGGUCUUCACCCAGAGCCGACUGAAAGCACUGAGCCCGGUGGGGCAACCGGACCGCAGCGUGGAGGACUACCGGCAGACAGUCGAGGAGGUCAAGUCGGAGCUGGAGCAGGAGGCCGGUCAGCUGAAGUCCUUCUGCAGCCUCGGCACCGAGCUCAGCCAAUCCAAAGCCCUCAGUAACACUCAGAGCUUAUUGGAUAACGUCAAAGAAGUGUCUGACGAGUUCAACCAACUGGAAACCAGUGUCAAUGAGAGGUUUGCUGCGAUUCAGGCAUGCGAGCAGCAGCUGCUCCAGUUCCGCGGCCUCUCCGGCUCCCUCCUCAGGUGGCUUCAGACAGCACAAGACCAGCUGCCCUCCAAAGAGGCCAACCUCAACACAGAGGGUCUGCAGAGACGAGUCCAGCAGCUGAAGGACUUGAUGAAUGACUGGGAGUCACAGCGAUCCAGGGUUCAAGAGUUGAAUAAGUCAGGCUCAGAGCUGGAGUCCCUCAUCAUCGACAUCACCGCCCCCCAAACCAAAACCGGUGCUCCUCAAAUCAAUGGCUCGACCAGUCCCAGCAGUGUCAAUGGCAUUCACACCUGUAAAGACCUGACAGAGCUGCAGGUAGCCGUGUCAGACGUGAACGGCCGCUACGAUACGCUGGGCGCGGAGUUAAAGGAGCGUCUGGGCCGGCAGCAGGCCUCGCUGGAGCUGAGGCAGAAGGCCAGGCAGGGCACCGACGAGCUCCGCGGCUGGUUGGCCGACAGGGAGCUCAGCCUGAAACAAGGACAGAUCGCCUCUCCGUCUAAAUCUGAGGCAGUACGCGCUCAGGCCCAAGAAAACAAGGCUCUGCUCUCUGAACUGGCUGAACGCUCUGGAAAGGUAGAAGAACUGAAGAGCACACUGAGGAAGUUGAUCGCUGAAAACCCUGAUUCUCCUGAGGCCGACACCUGGAGACAGCAGCUGCAAGAGAUAGACUCUCGCUGGCAGACGGCCAAUCAGACUGCAGCCCAGAGGCAGACUGAGCUGGAGACGUGUGCUGAUAGGCUGGGCAGCUUCGCCUCUGCGGCCAAUCAGCUGGGCCCAUGGCUGAGGGAGAAGGAGCUGAUGAUGAGUGUGUUGGGACCGUUGAGCAUUGACCCAAACAUGCUCAACACACAGAAACAACAAGUACAGUUCAUGCUGCGUGAAUUUGAGACUCGGCGGCCACAGUUUGACCAGAUGACCCAGUCCGCUGAGGGCAUCCUGUCCCAGUCUGGUGACUCCGCCCAGGAUCCCAAGGACCUGAUGGAGGUGAGAGCUGAGCUGGACUCCAUCACCCACCAGUGGGAUGACCUGACAAACCGACUGACUCAAAGGUCAAACCACAUCGAUCAGGCCCAAGGAACCAGUGAACGGUACCAGGCCUUGCUCAGAGAGUUGUCCUCCAGUGUUUCUGCUCUGAGUGAGAGGUUGGACGCUCAGGCCUCACUCAGCGCUCAGCCCGAGGCGCUAAAACAGCGUCUGCAGGAAACCGGCGAGAUCCGCUCAGAGCUGGAGAGACGGAGGACUGAGUUGGCUGAAGCUGAGCGGCUCUGUCAGGAGCUUAGUGCCAUCGUGGCUGAACCGUACCUGAAGGAAGAGCUGAGUAAACGUCUGGAGAGUGUGAGCGCACCACUGAAGAGUCUGGAGGAGCGAGCUGCUGAUGGUCUGUCUCAGCUCCAGGCGGCCCUGUCGUCCACUCAGCAGUUCCAGCAGAUGUUUGAGGAGCUGCGAUCAUGGCUGGACAAGCAGGCGGAUCUCAGAGAAACCUCCACGGUGUCCUUACCCUGUCAGCCACAAGCCAUCCGCUCUCUGCUGGCACAGACGGACGAGCUCCAGCGGGGAAUCGCCAGCCAGCGAGGCUCCUACGAGCUCAUUCAGGCUGAGGGAGCGUCUCUGCUCGCCACGCUUCCAGCCGGCGGUGAUGAGCGCUCUGCUCUCCAGUCCCGCCUCGCUUCCCUGCGACAGGACUGGGAAGGCCUGAACCAGAGAAUUUCAGAGCGGGAAGGCAGACUGAAGACCACUCUGGGCAAAGCAGAGGCCUACCAGCAGCACAAAGCUGAGCUGACACCGUGGUUAACAGACUGUGAAGAGAAGGAUGGAGAGAUCCAGCCUUCACUGGAACCUUCUGCUCUGGACGAAGCUUUACAGAAGGCCCGAGGUCUAUCACUGGACCUGGAGAGACGGCAACCACACCUGGAGGCCUUUAACACCGCUGCAGAUCAGCUGUUAGAACAAUGCUGCAUCGGGGAGGAAGAGGUCCGAGAUGAGAAGGCCCAGCUGAACCGCCGAGUGGACCGUCUGGGUGAGCGGCUCCAUAACCGAACCUCGCAGCUGGAGGAACUGGCCGGUCGCCUGAAGGAAUUUGAGGAGGGCAGACAAGCAGUAGAGCGGAGACUGGAGGCCGCCAAGCACCAGAUUGAAGUCCAGGAGGCUCUAGGGCCUCAGGCAUGUAGCGCUAAGAGUCUGGAACGGUUGAGAAGUCAACAGGAAAGCCUGAGGUCGUUGCAGCCUCAGGUGGUGUACCUCAGAGACCUGGCCCAGGGCCUGGUGCAGGACGCACCCCAGACACCAGGAGGCGGCACUGAGGGCGCAGAGAGGCUUCAGGAACAGGCCAAAGCCACCGAGAAAGAGUAUGAAGGCGUUACAGAGAAGAUUGAGAACUGUUGCUCGUCGCUGGAGUCUCGGUUGCAGGGCGUCGGCGAGGUCCAGUCCCACGUGCGCGACGUCUUCUCACGCCUCGCCGACCUGGACGACGAGCUGGACUCUCUCAGUCCGGUCGGUCGCGAUGCCGACUCCCUGGCCUCGCAGGCGGAUGCUCUGAAAGGCUUCCUGUCCCGUCUGGCCAACCUCAGGACGGAGCUGGAGGGGCACGCGGCGGAGUGUACCACCAUGCUGCGGCGGGAGGGGUCCUCCCCAGACCUCCUGGCUCUGAGGAGGGAGACGGAGGCUCUGAGUCGACAGGCCGGCAAGCUGAGUGAACGCGGACAGGCCCGGUUGGACCAGAUAGAGGACGCUGCUGAGAGGGUUCGUGACUUUUACAGGCUGGUGGCCGAGCUGCAAAGCCUGCUGGGAAGGGCUGAAGAGGGCCUGAAUGCACAGGGCAUGGUUGGCACAGAGGUGGAGAUCAUCAAGCAGCAGCUUCAGGAGUUUAAGGCCGUAGAGAGAGAGCAGGUGGACAGCAUCCAGCCAAAGCUACAGCAUGUCAACGCCGUGGGUCAGGGUCUGAUCCAGAGCGCCGCCAAGCACACCGACACCCAGGCGCUGGAGCACGACCUGGAGACCACCAACCUGAAAUGGAACUCACUCAACAAGAGGGUUGCAGAGCGCAUCGCCCAGCUGCAGGAAGCCCUGUUGCAUUGUGGGAAGUUCCAGGAUGCUCUGGAGCCUCUGCUAAGCUGGCUCAGCGACACCGAGGAGCUGGUGGCCAAUCAGAAGCCCCCGUCUGCCGAGUACCGCGUGGUGAAGGCACAAAUCCAAGAACAAAAGCUGCUCCAGAGGCUGUUAGAUGACCGCAGGCCCACGGUUGAGAUGAUCCGCGCUGAGGGCGAGAGGAUCGCAGCCACGGCCGACACUCAGGACCGAGACAAGAUCCAGACUCAGCUCCAGAGUCUGGCCGAGAGGUGGACUGACCUGCUGGACAAGGCCGGCGGCAGGCAAAGGCAGUUGGAGGAGCUGCAGGUUUUGGCUCUUGAGUUCCACGAAGCCCUUGAGCCUUUGGGAGAAUGGCUGAGCGCCACUGAGCGACGCCUGAGCUCCGCCGAGCCCAUGGGAACCCAGACAGCCAAGAUCACCCAGCAGAUCGUCAAGCAUAAGGCGUUCCAAGAGGACGUGUCCUCACGAGAGUCCGAGGUCGACCACCUCGAGUCCCUCAGCCAAUCUCUGACCCCGUUGAGCUGCGCAGCCGACCGCGACUGGCUGAGCGAGCGCGUCGGAGCCGUGCGGUCGGGUCACUCUGAGCUCGCCGAUUGGUGCUCGAGGCGGGCGGGGCUGUUGGAGCAGGCGCUCGCCAACGCUCAGCUGUUUGGGGAGGAGGAAGUGGAGGUGCUGAACUGGCUGGCAGAGGUGGCUCAGAGGCUGGAUCAGGUCUCGGUGCAGAGCUACCAGCCUCGAGUGUUGGCCGAGCAGCACAAACACACACUGGCUCUCAAUGAGGAGAUUUUGAGCAGGAAGAAGACAGUGGACCAGGCAAAAAACGGACAAGCUUUACUCAAACAGACCACAGGUGAGGAGGUUCUUCUGAUCCAGGAGAAGUUGGACGGCAUCAAGUCUCGCUAUGCUGAAAUGACGGCCAGCAGCAGCAAAGCCCUGCGGACCCUGGAGCAGGCCCUGCAGCUCGCCACCCGGUUCGCCAGCGCUCAUGAAGACGUGAACCAAUGGCUGGAUGGCGUGGAGGCGGAGCUCAACAAUGUGGAGCCUGACGCCACACCAGCCUAUCAGGAAAGACAGAAGGAGCUGAAGAAAGUGUCGGCGGAGAAGCGUCUCGUGCUGGACACGGUGAACGAGGUGGGCAGCGCUCUGUUGGAUCUGGUACCUUGGCGAGCACGUGAGGGACUGGACCGUCUGGUCGCCGACGCCAAUCAACGCUACCGUCAGGCAGAUGAAACCAUCACACAGAGGGUGCAGCUGGUACAGGCUGCCAUCCAGAGGUCACAACAGUACGAGGAGGCGGUGGAUGCAGAGCUGGCCUGGGUCGGCGAGACAGAGCGUAAGCUGGCGUCUCUGGGACCCCUGAGUCUGGAGCCCGAUGUGACGGUGGCCCAGCUGCAGGUCCAGAGGGCCUUCAACAUCGACAUCAUCCGCCACAAAGACACCGUGGAUCAGCUCCUCAGCACUAGAGAUGACAUUUUGGAAACCUGCAGCGACGCCCAGAAGGACGCUCUGAUGGUGAAGACAGAUUCUCUGAGCGCACGUUAUGAUGCUGUGAGUCAGAGCCACAGUGAGCGGUUCUCAGCCCUGGAGCAGGCCCAGGUUCUGGUGGCCCGGUUCUGGGAGACCUACGAAGAACUGGACCCCUGGUUGGGUGAGACUGAAACAUUGAUCACUCAGCUCCCACCUCCGGCCAUCGACACCGACGCUCUCCGCCUGCAGCAGGACCAGAUGAGGCUGCUCAGGGAGUCCAUCGCAGAGCACAAACCCCACAUCGACAAACUGCUGAAGAUUGGACCUCAGCUGGCCGAGCUCAGCCUCCACGAGGGGGAAACGGUGACACAGCGCUACAACGAGGCCGAAAGACGCUACCUGGCCAUCAAAGAGGAGGUCAAAGGUCGCGCUACAGCCCUGGAUGAGGCCGUAUCCCAGUCUGCACAGCUGGUAGAGUUUCACGAUAAGAUGGACCCUCUGUUGGAGACCCUGGAGGGGGCGGUGCAGCGGCUGCGGCAGCCUCCUCCGGUGGCAGCCGAGGUGGAGAAGAUCAGGGAGCAGCUGGCGGAGCACCGAGCCCAAGGGCUGGAGCUGGACAAGCUGCUGCCAAGCUUCUCCGCCCUCUGCGCCCGCGGAGAGGAGCUCAUCGGCCGAGCUGCCCACGACGACCCCGCCGCCCAGGCUGUACGUUCACGUCUCCUGCGUCUGCGCUCGCUGUGGGAUGAGAUCCGUCAACGCGCCGAGGAGAGGGAGGGCAAACUCAACGACGUCCUGGACCUGGCCGGAAAGUUCUGGGCUGAUGUGGCCGCUCUACUGAGCACGCUCAGAGACUCCCAAGACAUCGUGAAAGAGCUGGAGGACCCUGGAGUGGACCCCUCCCUCAUCAAACAACAGAUCGAAGCAGCUGAGGCCAUCAAGGCAGAGACAGACGGACUGAGGGAGGAGCUGGAGUUUGUCAGGACCCUCGGAGCAGACCUCAUCUUUGCCUGUGGAGAAACUGAGAAACCAGAAGUCAAGAAAACCAUCGAUGAGAUGAACGCUGCCUGGGAAGGUCUGAACCGGACCUGGAGAGAGAGGAUGGAGAGACUGGAGGAGGCCAUGUCUGCAUCUGUGCAGUAUCAGGACGCUCUCCAGUCCAUGUUCGACUACCUGGACAACGCAGUCAUCAAACUAUGUGACAUGUCGACUGUGGGAACUGACCUGGGAACUGUCAAACAGCAAAUUGAUGAACUCAAGCAGUACAAGGUGGAGGUCUACCAGCAGCAGAUCGAUAUGGAGAAGUUGUGCCACCAGGGGGAGCUGCUGUUAAAGAAAGUGUCCGACCAGACAGACAGGGACAUGAUCCAGGAGCCGCUGACCGAGCUCAGACACCUCUGGGACAACUUGGGGGAUAAAAUCACCCACAGACAGCAUAAGCUGGAGGCUGCCCUGCUGGCCCUGGGUCAGUUCCAACAUGCCCUGUCUGAGCUCCAGGCCUGGCUGAACCACACACACACCACGUUGGACACACAGCGACCAGUCAGCUCUGACCCCAAGGCCAUCGAAAUCGAGCUCGCCAAACACCACGUGUUGCGUAAUGAUGUGCUAUCCCAUCAUGCCACGGUGGAGAAUGUGAACAGUGCUGGCGCUGAGCUCCUCGAGUCGUCUCCUGGCGAUGAGGCCAACCACCUGAGGGUCCAACUGGAUCAGCUCAAUCAGAGCUGGGAAAGCCUCCUGCUCAAGACCCAGGAGAGACAGAAACUGCUGGAGGCCGCCCUGCAGCAGGCUGAGGGUUUCCAUGGAGAGUUGGAAGAGUUCCUCCAGUGGCUGAGGAGGACGGAGAGCCAGCUGUCAGCCGCCAAACCAACAGGCGGCCUCCCCGAAACAGCCAGAGAACAACUACAGCAGCACAUGGAGCUUCAGGCCCAGUUGACUCAGCGAGGAGAACAGUACCACCGCCUGCUGGACCAAGGGGAGUCCAUGCUUCUGGCUCGCGGAGGGGAAGAAGCUGGUCCCGGUGCAACUCAGACCCAGCAGAACCUGGCCAUGCUGCAGAACAAGUGGGCCAGCCUCAACACCAAGAUGGACGACCGCAGGGCGAAGCUCGAAGAGGCUGUUUCCCUGGCAACCGGUUUCCAGACAUCGCUGCAGGACACCAUCAACUGGCUGACCCAGGCUGAGCAGACCCUGAACAUGGCACAGCCCCCCAGCCUCAUAUUGGAUACCGUCCUCUUCCAGAUCGACGAGCACAAGGUAUUUGUGAAUGAAGUGAACACCCACCGAGAGCAGGUUCUGGCUCUGGAAAAGGCCGGCUCUCAGCUCCGCUUUGCCAGCCUAAAGCAGGACGUCGUACUCAUCAAGAACCUGCUGCUCAGCGUCCAGGCCCGCUGGGACAAGCUGGUCCAGAGGUCACUGGACCGCGGACGACACCUCGAUGAGGCCCGCAAAAGGGCCAAACAGUUCCACGAGGCUUGGAGGAAGCUGACAGACUGGCUGGAGGAGGCUGAGAAAAGACUGGACUCAGAGCUGGAGAUCUCCAAUGAACCAGACAAGAUCAAAGUUCAACUGGCCAAACAUAAGGAGUUUCAGAAAGCAUUGGGGUCAAAGCAGCCGGUUUAUGACACUACAGUGAGGUCUGGAAAGGCCAUGAGGGACAAGGCCCAGUUACCAGCCGACACCCAGAAACUGGACCACUUAGUGGGUGAAGUCCGUGACAAGUGGGACACCGUCUGUGGCAAGAGUGUGGAAAGGCAACACAAGCUGGAGGAGGCUCUGCUGUUCUCAGGUCAGUUUGCCGAGGCCUUGCAGGCCCUGGUGGACUGGUUGUACCGGGUGGAGCCCCAGCUAGCUGAAGAUCAGCCGGUGCAUGGAGACCUGGAUCUGGUGUCCAACCUCAUGGACUCCCAUAAGGUUUUCCAAAAGGAGAUGGGUAAGAGGACCGGCAGCGUUCAGGCUCUGAAGCGCUCGGCUCGGGACCUGAUGGAGACCGGCCGCGAUGACACAGCCUGGGUCAAAGUUCAACUCCAGGAGCUUAGCAACCGCUGGGAUACAGUGUGUGCUUUGUCGGUAACCAAGCAGACCCGUCUCCAGCAGGCCCUCAAACAGGCAGAGGAGUUUCGUACUGCAGUUCAGGUGCUUCUGGAGUGGCUCUCUGAGGCCGAACAGACCCUUCGUUUCCGUGGCGUCCUUCCAGAGGAGGCGGAGACUCUGCAGGCGCUGCUGCACACUCAUCGUGACUUCAUGGGCACAGUGGAGGAUAAAAGAGUGGAUGUCAAUAAGGCUGCUGGUAUGGGAGAAGCCAUCCUGACUGUGUGUCACCCAGACUCCAUCACCACCAUCAAACACUGGAUCACCAUCAUCAGGGCACGCUUUGAGGAGGUGCUGACGUGGGCGAAGCAGCAUGAGCAACGGCUGGAGACGGCGCUCACAGAGGUGCUCAACAAUGCUAACCUGCUGGAGGAGCUGUUGUCAUGGCUACAGUGGGCUGAGACCACACUGGUCCAAAGAGACACAGAGCCGCUUCCUCAGGACAUCCCACAACUCAAAACACUCAUCACUGAACACCAGGUGUUUAUGGAAGAGAUGACGAGGAAGCAGCCAGAUGUCGACAAGGUGACGAAGACCUACAAAAGGAAGCCAGCUGAGCCUCCCAGCAGCCUCGCAGAGAGGAGAGGAACCCGCAAACACCAGCAGCAACAGCAGCAGCAGCAGCAGGCGGCCAUGCAGGUUCCAGGGGGAAACCCACGUCUCAACCAGCUCUGUGCGAGGUGGCAGCAGGUUUGGCUGCUGGCCCUCGACCGCCAACGCAAACUCAAUGAUGCUCUGGAUCGACUGGAGGAGCUCAAAGAAUUUGCCAACUUUGACUUUGACGUGUGGAGGAAGAAGUACAUGCGCUGGAUGAACCAUAAAAAGUCUCGCGUCAUGGACUUCUUCAGACGCAUCGACAAGGACCAAGACGGAAAGAUCACACGACAGGAGUUCAUCGACGGCAUCCUGGCCUCAAAGUUUCCCACCAGUAAACUGGAGAUGACCGCUGUGGCAGACAUCUUUGACAGAGACGGAGACGGUUACAUCGACUACUACGAGUUUGUUGCUGCUCUGCAUCCCAACAAAGAUGCCUACAGACCGACCACUGAUGCCGACAAGAUCGAGGAUGAGGUGACUCGACAAGUGGCCCAGUGUAAAUGUGCCAAGAGGUUCCAGGUGGAGCAGAUAGGAGAGAACAAAUACCGGUUCUUCCUCGGAAACCAGUUUGGUGACUCUCAGCAGCUGCGUCUGGUCAGGAUUUUGCGCAGCACAGUGAUGGUGAGAGUCGGAGGUGGGUGGAUGGCUCUGGACGAGUUCCUGGUCAAGAACGAUCCAUGCAGAGUGCAACAUCCUGGACUUAAGAUUCUCCGCUCCGAUUCCAGUAGCUCCAUCUCAUCUCGUAUAGUGACAGUCACUCCUGGCUAUUUCUGCUGCCGAGCUCGAGGUCGCACCAACCUGGAGCUGAGGGAGAAGUUCAUCCUGCCCGAAGGAGCGUCUCAGGGACUGGCCGCCUUCCGAUCCCGGGGUCGACGCUCCAAACCGGGCUCUCGUAACGCCUCGCCGACCCGCUCCUCGUCGUCGGCCUCCCACAGCGGCGCCUCCCUCCCCUCCGCCCCCUCUGCACCGGCCACGCCCACCGCCUCUGCGUCAUCUAGGUCCUCCCAUACUCACUCUCGUGACUAUGCCAAGCCCUGGCUGGCACACAGUAAAACUCCAACGCCAACCAAGUGCCACUGCUGCCCAGAUCUCGGUCACAGCCACACCACUCCUGGGCACGAGGGGGCGGCGUCUGGGUCUAAACUCAAGAGGCCGACCUUCCACUCGAGUCGCGGCUCGUUGACGGGAGAGAACGGAGGAACGACACACACCAGCAAACCAACACGAACCGAUCCAAAGCGAGCGGCGUCCUCGGCCAGCGGUCCGGCGAGUCGAGCAGGAAGCCGAGCGGGCAGCAGAGCCAGCAGCCGGCGUGGGAGCGACGCCUCGGACGCCUCUGAGCUGCAGGACGCCCGCUCCGUCUGCUCCGACACCUCGGACACGCCGCGGCGGCCGGGCGGCGGCGCCAAACCCUCCAAGAUCCCCACCAUCUCCAAAAAGACCCCCAGUCCAAAGACCCCGGGGUCCACCAAGAAAUAAGACCGAAAGGAACCGGAGCUGAAGCGUCUGAGCUCCGUUGGACCGAGACCGGAGCGGACAGAACCGGCUCUGAGGUCUGGGCGUCCGCGGGGCUCCGGGACAAUCUGCACUAGGACUUUACCGUUCAGGGGGGAGGAGGAGACGGAGCCAUCCCAUCCCUCUCACUCUUCCCUCAUGAACCGACCACAAACAUGCACAAGAGGAGAAGGGUUCUGGUUCCGGCCAGAGUCUGCGGGGUCCAAAGCGACUUUCCCCUUUAAGGAGGGACCCCGGUUUGCCUUCCAGUCUCCUGCUUUAUGGUGUAAACAUUCGACGACGACCGACUUUGACAUGAUGCUGCCUUAUUUUGUGUUACAUAUUUCUGUCCCGAUUAGAGACAGAGCGAAAGAGAAAGUCUUUAAACUGCUUUAUACACAAAUCCACACAUUUUAACCCAGAGGGGGGAGUUCCACAACUCAACUACACACACGUGCAAAAAAAAACAAAAAAAACAAGCUCAAGUGACAUUCAGGAAAUAACAGAAUUGUGGGUUAUUAUUUUGGCUUGUGGGCCAGAUGCCUCAAGGAUGAGUUAAAAAAGAAAAUAUGCAACGACUGCCAUGUCGCUUCCUCCGCGCUGGUCGACGAGAACAUGUCAGCAGGAGCGCCGACGCUGAAACCACGUGUGGAGCUCAGGAGGCGGAUUCACGACACACAACCUCAGACCCGGAGGACGGCGGUGACGGGCGAACAUGCACACACUCGAACGCCACAGGGCAGACUCCUCCCGACCGCUGGAACGUUAAGAUGUGUGCAUUUCAGCAAAAGGGCAGUGUGGUUUAGUCACAUGUAACAACCCGGCACACGAAAACAAAUCACAAAC